AUGCCAGCAAAGCGCAAGCGCGGCGUUGAAGUCGCCGAAAAUGUUACUUCCUCGCCGCCGUCGUCGUUCGAACUGGAUCGUAUCAGAAACAUGGAAGAGUUUGCAGCAUUAGGGCAAUACCUAUUCAUGUUCGGUGUUGGAGCUUUGAAUCUGCCAGAUUUUGGGCGAGAAGAACUUGAGGGAGCAUUGUUAGCGCCACAAUCACCCUUAAUUGAGCAGAUAAAGUUGACGCUCAUCAAGAUGGUCACUUCGAAUGCACGUCUUUUGAUCGAACAAUUCGAUGACCAGGCUAGGAAGCAAUACCUAUUGAACGAAGCUAAGGCGAAUCCCUUUGAAGGUGAUGAUAUGGCUGCAAUAUCUUUCAAUGAUAUGGAUUUAUCUAUAAAGAUCCGUGUAUUGCACCAACUCUCCCUUUGGACCUUUAAAUAUCCGAAUGUGCUGCGUGAGAGGAUGGGGGUCAUCGAUAUAUCUGAAGAACUCCUCUGGAGGAUGGAACCUGCCGGUUAUGACAGUAAGAAUAAUGAAUACUUUAUACUUGACGAUAACCGUCUAUAUCGUCGUGCACCUUGGAAAGAAGGUGCUGUUUCACCCCCCAAAAAGAAGAAAUCUCAAACAUCACGUGCGGGGCGUAAGCGCAAGCGCAUACCAAAUAAUUCUAGUAUUGAUUCCGGUGAGGCCCUGGCAAAAGUCAAUGAGACUAGGGAGUGGGCAUGUGUUUGUAUAUCUUUGGGCGAUUGGGAAAAGUUUGUGUCGGGCUUAAAAGGCUCGAAAGAUGCCGACGAGAAAGCUCUUUAUGAAUACCUUAAUGGGGAGGUGUUGCCGGAAAUACAUCGGAGCGAGGAGCUUAAGCAAAAGAAACUGCUUGAUAUCGAGAAAGAACGGCAGAAGCAAGAAGCGGUAGCCAACAGAAAACGAUCCUCUCGUAUCGACGAAAAAAUGAUCCGUAAAAAGGAAGAAGAGUUAAAGGCUGCCGAAGAACGCAGGCAAGAGGAACUACUGAAGAAGAGCCAGGCUGAAGAGCGGAAACGAGAGAAGGAUCGAGAAGUCCGUUUGGUUGCAUAUGAGCGACAAAUUAUUCGACAAAAUAAAGCACGGGGAAAAAAGCUACAGACUCAAGACGUUGGAUGCAGCAGGGUUACGUCUGGUGACGAGAGCAGUGUCAAUAGUCGCAGGGCCUCAACGAGAGUACAAACAAGGAGAUCACGACGGUCACCCUCAGUCGAAGAAAAAGAAGGUGACUGGGUGUUUGAUUGCCGUUGUGGCGUCCAUGGGAAAAAACAUGCGGGCGGGUCCACAAUCAUUGCAUGCGACAAAUGUGCUGUCUGGCAACACCUUGCCUGUCAGAAUCUUCCACCCUCAUUUAUAGAAGGCGACUUUACCUGCGAAAGAUGUAUGCGGCGUGAAAUGGACAACAAAAAACGUGUUACGAUAAAACUCCACAUCGGUAGCUCAACCAAGAGUUCUCCAAUGGAUUUGCCCGAAGGUCAUGAGAAUACGCGGCCAAUCUUUCUUGAGUCAUCUAGCCAACCGGCAAGUCUCCCGCGGGCAUCUAAACCCGGGAUUCAAGAAGGAUCUAAACUUGAGACAUUCCUAGUUUCCGGACACAGUGGCGUUCAAGAACGUCAUGUGGAGGCAGAUACUCUGGGUCAUUUAAAGCCUACUAUGAAUCACACUGUAUCCGCAUUAAGCAAACUCAAGCCUGAUAAUGGGACAGGUGGUGACAGUGUUGCCAGUGUCCGAGAAGAGUCGGCACAAGCCUCAGCUGAUUUUCUCUUGCUCAUGGCUGACCCAGAACAUGGCAUAUCCGAUUUACAAAAAACGGGAAAUCUUGGUUUUGCCAACGGUGUGCAAAACUCCCGUAUUCUCGCAUCCCAGGAGGAGAGCUAUCAAUUCCACCAGGAGCCUUCGAAACCGUUGAAUGGUAACUCCGGUGCCGCACCAAGCGGCUUCGUAACAAGUCUAUCGUCGCCGUCAACUUGCAUCCCGUUUAUGGACAGCCAGAAUAAUAAUACGAGUGAUUCCUCCGGAAAGAGCGAUGCGCAUCCUUAUCAUGAGAACUCCAAUUCUCGAAACAUCUUUACCGGUCCGGUGAGUCCCGCAAAUUUUUAA